AUGAGUGGUUAUGAUAGUGCAUUGUCAAUUUUUAGUCCUGACGGACAUGUUUUCCAAGUCGAAUAUGCAUUGGAAGCUGUUAAAAGAGGUACUUGUGCAGUUGGCGUCAAGGGUAAAGACUCCGUUGUACUUGCAUGUGAAAGAAGAACAACGUUGAAGCUCCAGGAUCCAAGAAUCAAUCCAACCAAGAUAAAUAAAAUUGAUUAUCACGUCCAACUUGCGUUUGCUGGAUUAAAUGCCGAUGCUAGAGUUUUGAUCGAUAAAGCCAGAGUCGAGGCGCAAUCUCACAAACUGACAUUGGAAGAUCCUGUCAGUGUUGAGUAUCUAACGAAAUAUGUUGCAGGUGUCCAACAAAGAUACACUCAAAGUGGUGGUGCUAGACCUUUUGGUAUUUCAACACUGAUUGCCGGAUUUGACGAAAAUGAUAACGUUCCUAAACUAUAUCAAACUGAGCCAUCAGGAAUAUAUUCUGCAUGGAAGGCUCAAUCAAUUGGAAGAAGCAGCAAAGUUGUUAGGGAGUUUUUGGAGAAAAACUAUCCAAAUGAUGAACCAAUGGAUGAGGAUCAAACAGUCAAGUUGGCAAUCCAAGCCUUAUUGGAGGUAGUUCAAACAGGUGCCAAGAAUAUCGAAAUUUCAGUCAUGAAACCAAAUGCAGAACCAAGGCCACUAACUAAUGAAGAAAUCGAGGUCAUAGUGAAGAAAAUCGAGGAAGAAAAAGCUGCUGAAGCCGAGAAGAAAAGACCAAAAACUUCUGAUUAG